CUUUGUUUAUAAUUUGGUGUCAAGCUCUAACUUGUUAUUCUAACUGUAGAUCUACAUUAUGAUUAUCUUUAUGGUCAUCUAGAUCAAGUUUAGAUAUCUAGAUUUAUAUAGAUAGAUUAUUUAGAUAUCUAGAUCAAUAUUAUAAUAUAUUAUAGAUUCUAGAAGACUAGAUCUAGAGGAUGGCUGCCUGGUCGUGCGGUUAGCGUUCUGGACUGUCGUUCAGAUUUAUCGAUGGUCCAGAGUUCAAACCCUGCCCGCUCCCAUCCCCCGUCGUCCUGCGGGAGGUUUGGACUAGGAAGUAAUUAUCUUCAACUCUGAAGGAACAUCCGAAACAUAAAUACAGAAAUGAACUCUGACUAUUCAAUUCCAUUUCGAAACCAGCUUCAGUUUAAUCUCAAUGUUCCCAUAACUACAGAUAAACUAGCAGUUCAGUUCCAUCGUCCACAACCUAUUUAUAUUGAAAGAGUUUCAGGUCACCAUACAAUAGCUGGAAAAAGUGUGUUAAGAACAUCAGAAAAUCAUGAUUCUAAAAAAGAUCAUUCACAUCUGUUUGAAGAGACAAUGUCAGUUAUGACGCAGCUUGCUAGAAGAGACAUACAGAGAGGAAACCUGCAAACCAGGAAUGAGGCUUCACAUGAAGCAACAGUGACAAAAAGUAAGCCACCUUCCUCACCUCAGCACUCCUGCCAUCUACAUCACAAGUCCUAUAUGAAGCGACAGCGACUUCAACAUCCUGUCACUGGAAAAGAGGCAGAAAAAAAUCGUAUGUUUGGAGCAGUUUCAACACCACCACCUCAGAAACCAAAAGCUCUCAAUGAAUCAUCUAUCUAUUUAGAUAAGAAUAUAUCUUGUGUAGCAACAGGCCAGGAUGAAUACAUUCGGCUUAUAUCAGAAAUACAAAAUUAUUUCCAGAUUCUUCAGAAUUUCUUGGAGAGAGCCCUAGCUACUGACAGUGCUGAAAUUGUACCAGAGACCAAAGGAAAACAAAAAGAUGGCUUUUUGUAUCAGGAAGAGACGACAGACAGAGCCCAACAUCGAGCAGAGGAGAACAAAGUGAGAUGUGUUAGAACAGUUUACAACCUAACACAGAAAGUGAAGCAGCUGCAGAAAGAUGUUUCCACCUGUGAUAUGAACAACUUUGUGAAAAAAAGUCACAUGACAGCACAAUUAGUGGCUAUUUAUAGAGGCUGCACCAAAACUCUUCAAAUGUUCAUGAACCAACUUCCUUUCCAAAAGUUGGAGUCUAGUUUACCUUCUCACUACCAUGACCUGGACUUGUUGCUGCGUAGUUUGUUUAGCUUAAGUCAGGAAAUGCAUAAGGAGGAUAACUCUGAUCAGUUGAAGCAGCUUGUGACACUGAUGGAUAAAAUAGACAAUCUUAACAGCCACUGGAGCCUAAAGGGCAAAAAGAAAGUUUCCACUGCUGACAAGAAGCUGUCAGGACAGACAUGGGUCAGUGAUACCAAAGUGGAUAAAAAUAUAUUUGUGACUAAGGACAACCCACAAGUCAUUCUUAUGGCACAGAAGAAAGCAAGUAAAGUUCCCAAAAAUCAGCCCACUCUACGCCAGGCGCAACAGAAAAAAGGAAAAGAGAAUAUUUUCAACAUGGGCAAAUCAGCUCAGCAUUCACACUAUGCCAGUGAACCCAAUCCAAGACCAGCAACUGGUCCAUCCAUCAAGAGAGGCACAAGCUAUUUUCACAAUAAACAAGUGAUAGACAAACCUGCAGUUGGCAAUAUGAAAACAUUGGAAGGUGGAAUCAAAAAUAUAAAAGAUGUGAACUUUGACCUUGGCAAAAAGCAGACAGUAAGUGUACAGAGAUACCAGACAACUGGAACUUCUCCAAUAGUGGCAUCAGAUUUGAAUUCCAACACCAGCUCACCUUUCUAUGUUGAGAGCUUAAACAAUGAAGACAUCAGACAAAUAUUUCAAGAUGAGUCAUAUACAGAAGACAUUUCCAGUUCUAUUGCAGACAACAUUAAGUUACACUCGAAAGAUACUUCCACUUGUAGUUAUGCUGACAGGACAGAGACUACACUUAGAGAUGAGGACAUUAUGUUGGAUAUAUCAGUCAGAGAAACUAAUACAAAGACAGUUCAAGCUGAUGCUGCAGCAAUGUGUGAUUUGCCAUCCCUAGAAGCUAUAAGGUUGAGACUGGCUGAGAUGCAGAGAGAAAAACAAGAAAUUCAACAACGCUGGUCUACAUUCAAAUUUAUGAGCUCAUCUCAAAACUUAAAUUCUAAAACAGGUAAACAUCCAAUCAAAUCAACUGAAACUCAUGUCACAUGGUCACCUGAGACUGACAAAAGUUGGACUGAAAGAAGGGGUUACACUGAAAGGUUGGUUGAGAAAGAACCCAUUUUGUUUACUAAACCUUUGAGGGAAGCCACUCCUAGAGAACCUGUCCGAAGUGAACAACAUUAUGUCAGCCUACUGCAGGGGAAGCAACUGUUGAAACUGAAGCAGACAAGUGUUGAAAAAAUUGUGCAGAAUCAAAAACAGUUUGAAAAGUAUCUGAAGUCAAUAUCCCACCAUCCGACUGGCAAGUUUAAUCCUUGGCAGCUGAUUGAGGAGCUGUCAGAUGAGAUCUUGAUGGACUGCCUUCAAGAAGUAGGAAGGGAGAUAGAAACUAUCAAUGAAGAAAUAGCUAAUCAAAUGUUUGCUUCUGAGUUUUUGGUGGACAAGAGUUCCUCAGAGAUCCCCCAUCCUAUUGACAGCAGCAACCCUGAGAACUUCAUCGAAGAGAUAGCUCAUCAAAAAUUUGCUUCUGAGUUUUUGGUGGACAAAAGUUCCUCAGAGAUCCCCCAUCUUAAAGAAAGCAGCAGUCCUGAGAACUACAAUGAAGACAUAGCUAAUCAUAUGUUAGCUUCUGAGUUUUUGGUGGACAAAAGUUCCUCAGAGAUCCACCAUACUGAUGACAGCAGCAACCCUGAGAACUACAUCGAAGACAUAGCUAAUCAUAUGUUAGCUUCUGAGUUUUUGGUGGACAAAAGUUCCUCAGAGAUCCACCAUACUGAUGACAGCAGCAACCCUGAGAGUUACAUCGAAGAUGACAUCAGGGACAAUUUUGUGUCAUCCACUGAAGAAGCAAGAUUUCAGAGCUAGUCACUUCUUCAACACAUACAUACAAUCAUCUACUUCAUCAUUUUCUUCAGAAUCUUCAACCUAUUCAUCAGAGUAGUUACCCCCCAACAUCUUCCUUCUGUUCAUGUGAUUUCUCUUCUUCUGAAACUUCUUUCUCGUGUUCAGCUAAAGAUUCUUUCUUCUCUCUUUCUUCCAUAGUGUCAGAUUCACUUUUUUCAUGAGCAGAAUCUUCAACUCUUCUUUCCAUGAGAGAAUCAUCUGGCUUCUCUCCUCAGUUAUAUCUUGUUCCCUUUCUUGAAAAGAAUCAUCCUCACUUUUUUCAUCAAGAGAAUCAACCUUUUCUUUCAGAGACCAUUCUUUUAUUUCUAUCUGAUGAAGCUGAAUUUCAUUCUUAAAAUACCAGUACACACAAAGAAGUUCCCAGCAAGUCUUUAGAAUAAUAGAAUAUACUCUAACUCAUUACUCCUACUCCCAUUGGUAUUGUAUUGAUAUUUGUAUAAUUUAUUUAUUUCAAAUUCUAUAGUAACCUCUUAUUAUAAAUGUGUAAUAAAUCUAAACUAAUUUAAAUACAAAUUGUUUUGUUUUGAUAAUGUUAUUGUAGACCAAUAGUCUUCUGACACAUGUUGUAAACCAACAGUCUUCUAUUAAAUUCUGUGUAUUCUUA